CUCUUCGUAUCACUGUCGCUGUCUUUUUUUUCCCCAGAUCACAGAGAUUUGGAGGAAGCUCCUUAUCCAUGUGCUACCCUCCGCACAAGCGUGUCAUUUUCAGUUUUAGCCACACCCCUGCAGAGAUCCUGCCCAUCUCCCUGGUGUUUAAAAAACUAACUCAGGACAAUAGCAACGAAUCCACGGUUAAUUAAAUUAAUUAGUCCUUCUUGUCAAUCUUGGAUUAAUGGCCAAUAGCAACCUCGAAAGAAUGAUCUGAAAUCUAAAGGACUGCUAAUGUUUUUUUCCAGACUGCCAGUAUAUGGCGAAGGAAAGGGGGCUCAUCCCGGCAUCCUGAGGGGAGGUAAUUUGCACGGAUCAAGGGGCAGGCGUUGCAAAGUAUAAAUACUGUGACUUCAAUAGCGGAUCACCAGCAGGUUGGAACUCCGCAGCAAGAAGAAUUGGCCGAGAUCUUAUAUAUUUAGUUGAGCACGAGAUCCAGAGUUGGCAACAACAUCACCUUGCAUUUAGGUCGACUAAAAGAAACACUCUUGAUGUCUUAAGCUGUUGUGGAAGUGAGAGAGUGAGUGAGAGAGUACGGGAGAGAGAGUGAGAGAACAAGACGGGCAGAUUUUUUGGAGCAGUGAUGGAAGAACUUACCGCGUUUGUGUCCAAGUCUUUUGAUCAGAAGGUGAAGGAAAAGAAGGAGGUGAUCACGUACAGGGAGGUACUGGAGACCGGAUCCGCGCGAGCCAGGGAGGGUUUCGCCACCGAACCGAAUCGCGAGGAAGGGAACGAUAUCGCUCGCGUAGGCGCGCGUUCGCCAGGCAGGGAAUCGGACAUGCUGGGGCCAGAAAGAACCAGGGAUGCGGGAAGCCCAAAACUGAUCGAUGGUACCACGGACAUGAAAGAAAGAAAAGAGGACACAAAGCCAAUGGAGGACGAGGCACAGACUAAAAUAAAGCAGAGGAGAAGUCGGACUAACUUUACACUUGAGCAAUUGAAUGAGCUCGAGCGGCUAUUCGACGAGACCCAUUACCCGGACGCCUUCAUGCGCGAGGAGCUGAGCCAGCGGCUGGGACUCUCCGAGGCUCGAGUACAAGUUUGGUUUCAGAACCGGAGGGCCAAAUGCAGAAAGCAGGAGAAUCAGUUACACAAAGGCGUUCUUAUUGGAGCUGCGAGUCAGUUUGAAGCUUGUCGUGUAGCGCCAUAUGUCAACGUGGGGGCCUUACGGAUGCCAUUCCAACAGGAUAGUCAUUGCAACGUGCCACCCUUCUCCUUUCAGGUCCAGGCCCAACUGCAAUUGGACAGCGCCGUGGCCCACGCGCACCAUCACCUGCACUCUCACCUGGCGGCGCACGCUCCUUACAUGAUGUUUCCUGGCCCGCCGUUUGGUUUGCCAUUGGCUACGCUCGCGGCUGAAUCCGCCUCUGCAGCCUCGGUAGUCGCGGCGGCUGCAGCCGCCAAAAAUACCAACAAAAACUCAAGUAUUGCAGAUCUGAGACUCAAGGCCAAAAAACACGCGGCAGCUCUGGGACUGUGACUAGGCGUGCGACAAGGCGUCUAAAAAAGGCCUACAUUAUUGACUGAGAGUCAUCGACGAGGUAUGGCCGAGGCAUGGCGUCAGAAACAAAAAAAGGCUUACAAAGUGAAAGCAAAGACAAUAUUUAUGUUUUUUUUAUGAAGGACAUUAUGUAUAACUAUAAAAAAUUGCCUAUUUAUGAAAUAAGACAAAGAUAACAGACUGUGAAAUCGAUAAUAAUUUUGGAUCAAUCUCAAUGGGCAGGAGUUGAUAGGCUACAUCUUCACAAUGCAACUGCACCAACGUGAAACAUGAGUGGAGGUGUCGACAAGCAAGAUUGCCAGGAAAAACGACGCAGCUGGGAUGUUCGAUUCUUUGUGAAACAAGGCGAACUAUUCUGCGCAGUUUUUUCUUUUAUUAUAUUAUUUCCUUUUUUGAAACCGUAGAGGCUGGCCUCGUUUUAUUUCAAACCAUGUUCUCUGUUAAGGAAACAGCGUAUGUCCAAAUGCGCUGAAAAAUAGAAAGACAAAAAUGUCCCCUAUGAGACUUGAGUUUUUUUUUUUUGUUCUUCUUGACCAAAUGAAAUCUCCUCCGCAGUGUUGCAUGAAUUUCUUUCCCAACAUGACGUACGUUGUUUCGGUCCCAUUUCACUCUCUUGCUCUCUCGCCAUGGACACCAGUGAGACUGAUAGACUGGCUACUCCGAGGAAUUACGAAGCUCUCGCUUGAAUGUCACAGUGUUAGGACCUCGUGGCUGCUAGCCAGCGAUGUGUGGAAUUCAGAAGUGUUCCACAUGUGUUACAUAACUUGGUCUCUUUUGUGUAUGAUCAACUUCAGAUAGUCUUUGAAGUUUCAUCUAUCCUCUGCAAUGAGUGUCAAUUUGCCAGUGAUUCGAUCUACGGAAAGCGCAAUAUAAUGGCACUUUUUGUUGGACAAGUAGUUAGGCUAUGUGAAACGGUACCGGGCACAUGUAAAAUAUGUUAAUACACAAUAAACAUGCAUUAUUAUAAUUUUUUGUUUUGUGGCUUAUAAAUGCAUUGUGAGAGCAUUUUGUUUUCUAUAUUACUUUCCAUCCAUGUGUAAAAAAUAAUCAUGUGCAUUCUGUAUGUAAUGUUGAUGUUUUUAUAACAGUGAACGUGAACGUACCUGACACAGGUUUCUAAAAAUAUCAUAGAAAUUGUUUUACUUUUUUUCAUCACUUAUGUGAAACGUGAACUCACCUAAACAAAAUGUUUUCGGUUCAUACAAUAAAUCAACUGAAGUUUCUUUUUA